CUGAGCGGGCGAGUGGGGGUUUGUUUAUUUUCGUGGCUGCUACCUUUCUAGCGGCUGCUACCUACCUAGCUCAGGCUAGCUUCGCAUACAGUUCCUACUUGUCGCCAUUUACACCUGGUCGACGGGGGAAAAAAAAACACUUUCGGGACACUCAAAACAACCGCCACGAAGUAACCGGGCCACUACGGACCAUCACUUAACGCAAGGUUGCUUUUCCAGACCUACUUUGUAUUGACUGGAACACCUCACUGGCAACAAAAAAACAGCGAACGAGCCUCUCCGGAGGCUGAAACCGAAGGAGCAGGAUGUCCAUCGCCAACACUCCCACAAGCAACGACGCCUGCCUCAGCAUUGUGCACAGCCUGAUGUGCCACAGACAAGGCGGGGAGAGCGAGAGCUUCGCCAAGCGAGCCAUAGAGAGCCUGGUCAAGAAGCUGAAGGAGAAGAAGGACGAGCUAGACUCCCUCAUCACGGCCAUCACGACCAACGGAGCGCAUCCCAGCAAGUGUGUGACCAUACAGCGCACUUUGGACGGCCGCCUUCAGGUCGCAGGACGUAAAGGUUUCCCCCAUGUGGUUUACGCUCGACUGUGGCGGUGGCCCGAUCUGCACAAGAACGAGUUAAAACACGUCAAAUACUGCCAGUAUGCCUUUGACCUCAAGUGCGACAACGUUUGUGUCAAUCCGUACCACUAUGAGAGAGUGGUCUCGCCAGGCAUUGACCUAUCAGGACUGACACUUACAAGCACAGGUCCACUCAUGGUUAAAGACGAGUACGACUACGACAACCAGCAAUCCCACCCCGGCGUCGACAGCCACCUGCAGACCAUUCAGCACCCUCCGUCCAGGCCGGGCCCGCCCGACACUUUCGGCAGCCCCGCCCUACUCACGCCGCCGGAAGGCAGCGGCUCUGCUUUAACCUCCGCAUUCUCUGCCAUCAGUGCGGGACCCUCAAGUGAGGCCCGGAUGCUCUCUGCGAUUCAACUGCUAAGAUUGUCUCAAGCGAGUGUGGCAACUUUUGCAUUUACAGAUCCCACCUCCAACUGGAGCAGGAACAGCGGCUUCACGCCGGCUGUGCCGCCGCAUCAAAAUGGCCACCUACAGCACCACACGCCCAUGCCUCACACAGGACAUUACUGGUCUGUUAGCAAUGAAAUAGCAUUCCAGCCACCGAUAUCCAAUCACCCAGCUCCGGAAUACUGGUGCUCCAUCGCGUACUUUGAGAUGGACAUCCAGGUCGGCGAGACAUUCAAGGUGCCCUCCACGUGCCCGAUAGUGACAGUGGACGGUUACGUGGACCCCUCCGGAGGCGACCGCUUCUGCCUGGGCCAGCUCAGCAAUGUCCACCGGACGGAAAACAUCGAGAGAGCCAGGCUCCACAUUGGCAAAGGCGUGCAGCUGGAGUGCAAAGGCGAAGGAGACGUUUGGGUGCGCUGCUUGAGCGACCACGCCGUUUUUGUACAGAGCUACUACCUGGACCGAGAGGCCGGGCGCGCCCCUGGGGACGCCGUGCACAAGAUCUAUCCCAGCGCUUACAUCAAGGUGUUUGACCUGCGUCAGUGCCACAGGCAGAUGCAGCAGCAGGCCGCCACGGCCCAAGCGGCGGCCGCGGCCCAGGCGGCGGCGGUGGCCGGGAAUAUACCUGGCCCAGGUUCCGUGGGCGGCAUCGCGCCCGCCAUCAGUUUGUCGGCGGCGGCGGGCAUCGGCGUGGACGACCUGCGUCGGCUUUGCAUCCUGCGCAUGAGCUUCGUCAAGGGCUGGGGGCCGGACUACCCUCGGCAAAGCAUCAAGGAGACGCCCUGCUGGAUCGAGAUCCACCUCCACCGCGCUCUGCAGCUGCUGGAUGAGGUGCUGCACACCAUGCCCAUCGCGGACCCUCAGCCUCUCGACUAAUGACGUCGUCGCAAGACUUGGAAGGCUGCGGCCGCGCCAGGUCGGGCAGUUGGAGUAGAAGUGUUUGAUUUGCGGUCUUCUCCCCCUACCAUCACCCCACCAUGAACAUUUAAUCCGACUGCUUAGCUUCAGCUGGAGUCUGCUGCUGCUGCUGCUGCUGUUCCAGUCCUUCACUGGCUCUCUCCAGACACAUAUGAAUUCAUGUAAGUGGAGUUUUACUCCCCCCCUUUUUAAAAUAUUUUUUAAAACUUCAACUCUAAAAGUCACAUGACAACAUCCUUGGGGGUGAUCACACGUGUAAUGACAUGUAAUGUAAUUUUGAGAAUCGCCUUUUAAAUUAGUAGCCCUUAGCACUUUAAUUCCUAGAAUUCAAGUUCCUCGGUUUAUGACAGCUCCGACGCGUGACUUUUUAAUAUUACGAACGGCACGCAAUGAACUACUGCAGUGGAACACCAACUGACGGGCUGUGUUGCACUAUCAGGCAAAUCUCCAGAUUUAAACCCUACAGAGCGUGCAUGCGAUCUGCUCAUGAGGCGACUGAAGGGAGUAAUUGGGGCAGACAUUUUCAAAGUUGGAAACCCACCAUGGCAAUUAAAAGGGCUUUGUGGAAACUAAACUUUAUUUUUUUUUUUUUGGUGGGGGAGAGAGAAUAUUUUUGCCCUUCCCAUGAUGCAGUUAUGAGGUUAUGAUUGCUUUAACGAUUUCACUGGGCGGCCUAAAAAAUUGUGACAGAAAUCACGCUUACGUAGCCCCUCACUGUUUUUUUCUUUUUUUGGAUUGUUUUAUAUUUAUGUCCCAGAAGUAUUUUUCUUAAAAAAUAUUGUAAACAUGACUUUACUACUGUCCUUGUGAUAGAGCACCUUUCCGACUCGGGGUUAUGGCGUCACCAUAGGGUAAAAAAAAAAAAAAAAAAAAGUUUGCUGCAGAGUUAGGACUCACUUUCUCUUGCCACUCCUCAGUCUUCUCUCAGAUAUAAUGUGUCUCAUCGUCGUAAAUACAAGUGGUCCUCGGAGUUGCAGAAUCUGAUUUUGUACAGAAAUGUUGCCAAAAUAUUGUCAAUCACUAACAUAUGGUGAUACAGCCUGUAAUGCCGUAAUGAAAGCAAAUAUUUGUAUGGGGAAAAACACCUUUUGACCUGAAAUACGGGACAAUUGAUCGGACUCGGUCGACCUGUUUCUUGCCACUUGCAAUUUAUAAAAUCAAUGCCAUCCCAAAGAGAACUGUGAGAGAAGGUACAAGCCAUAUCGAAGCCAAAAAGUCAUUUUCGGUGUUAUGCUGAACCUUACCGAAAUGGAUUUUUAUUGCUUUUGGAUUUUUUUUUUUUUUUUUUGCUUCGUACUUGAUAAAGGUAUCCAAAACGGACAGCGACUGCAGUAUUUUUUACUCCUUUUUGCUACACACUCUGGGGCGGCUUCUGCUUUGCAUCUCAGCUAUGUCGUGAAUUUGAAUGAUAUUCGUGUUAAUAUGUCUGAAAAUGGUUGAAUAAAAUUCAUGGGCUAAAACAG